UCCAAGUUCUCAUUCGACUAGAGGGUGAGGCUCCAGCAAGACCAUCGUCACUGGUUGAGAGUACAUGUGCUUUUACUUACCCUAUUUGUAUACAAGACGAUAACCACCUACUACUACCUGUAUAAAAUACAUAGCUAAAUUUUCGUAAUUAUUUUUCUUACUCAUCUACAACCGCCGUUUAGAUUUUAAUAAGCCAAGAAAAUACAAAUUAACCUAAUCAGCAUUAUUUGCAAUAUCUCAUUUUUUUAAUUACACUUCUUCUCGACUGGAUAAAAUACUUAUUAUUAUUAUUAUCUGCGAUAUAUAAAGUAUACAACUUUUUUUAGUUUUUUAAAACUUAACCCCGUUAAUAAUUGGAGAGAUAAUCUGAGUAGUCGUCUGUAUCACGAGUGGACAGCCAGCUACCAAAAAAAGAAUCGACCCACACCGAUUUCUUCUGGAGAUAAAAAAGACGAAAAUUGAUCCCAAGAUGCAUUUGGAGGUUCAAGUCGCGUUGAAUUUUUUCAUUAGCCAUCUCUACAACAAACUGCCAAGACGAAGAGUCAACCUGUUUGGAGAGGAGUUGGAACGAUGUCUAAAAAUGAAGUUUGCCAACCACUGGUAUCCGGACAAACCAAUGAAAGGAACCGCCUAUCGUUGCUUGAAAUCGGGCAACCCUACGGAUCCCAUUCUGGAAAGGGCGGCCCAAGAGGCUAACGUGAAUAUCAACGAUAUCCUCGAAAACCUUCCCAUCGACAUGUCCGUUUGGAUUGACCCUGGAGAGGUUUCCUACCGAAUUGGCGAGAAGGGCCAAAUGAAAAUCUUGUGGUCAGAGAACAGUGGUGAUCAAAUGGACGAGCUGAAUGACCGCGAGGUAACCAAGACGUUCAACCCGGACGCACAAAUCUUCCAACCGAUCGAAUCUGCUAGGAAAAGUGUGUCUCCCUUCAACAAUCGGGGAGGACUUCCAAGUCCUUCAGAUGGAUCUCCUUUUGGUGGCAUUGUUGCUUGCAAAGUGAACAAUGGAGUGAAUAAUGGAGUCGUGGUGGCACCACAAAUUCAACCAGUGGCUGCAGUGACUCCAGUCUGGAGCCCUCACACGAAUACGAAUCAACCUCAAAUGAUGACAACUAUGCAAUUUGCACAAACCAAAUUCGGCUCUACGAAGCUGAAGACGUCGUCCAAACGAACUCAUCGAAUGUCACCAACCGAAUUCUCAAACUACAUUAAGCAGCGUGCUAUUCAACAACAGCAGCAGAAGGCUGCUCAACAGCAAGCCUCCGUGGGGGCUGUGGGAGUGGGUGGCUCAGGCGGCGGGGUCUUCAUGUCUCGUCCGAGGUCACUUUCUCCCCAAGACUUUGGACCCUUCGGAUCCUCCUCUGGGCUCUACCCAACAAUGGCUACAGAAAAGUAUAAUCCAUUCGAAACUGCGAUUUGGAGCAGCCCAAGUCCCACUGGACUUGCGAACGGAGCGCACACUCCGACGUCUGCUACUAGUCCAAAUAAUGGAUUUGGGGGAGGUGCUCAGCAGCAACAGUCCCACCCAUUCGACACCAACCGGCAACUCUUGGAGGGACUGAGUCUCGGCUUGAAUGCUGUCCCAUACCGAGGGGGACAAUACCAACAUCUUCUCGUUGCCAACUAAUAUAAUAAUAAUCAGCACAGGAGAGGAAGACGCCAAGAAUAACCAAACAACCAACUCCUCGUCAUCUCUUUAGAAAAAAUUGAUUUCAACCAAAAACGAAAACUAAUCAAUUCCUCAUCUCGAAAAAGCCAUUUCAAAAAGCAGAUCCUCGGCAGCAAUCGUCAAAGUCUUUACUGAUAGUCUUUUAUGUCGUAGAAUUGUUACUUGUAGUAGUGUGAAAGUGGCAGUAGACAAACUUUGCUGGUUUUUAUCAUAAUUUUUACAUACCUAGUUAGUCUGAACCUUUUAUAUAUUGUGCUACUAAAUACUACCACUACUACAAUACUGCAUUAUUAUGAUAAUUUCUUAUCAGAUUAAUUAUUAUCAGCCAACAACAACAAAAAACACACCUGCUAAUAUUCCAUUGAUCUUCAUCAUUCGAAAAUGAUUUGAAUAUAUAGAUACAUAGAUAAAUAUAAAUAUAUAUUUACCAAACCGACUCGCUCGCUCUGUAAUAACGUAUAACGUACAUACAUACGUACCUAAAAAACGCUAAUGAUUUGCCGAUCGUCGUCGUGUACAUCAACUAAAAAAGUCUUUAGCGUAAUAUGAUUAUUGUUACAUAGUUCAGCCGUAAGAAGCCACGCGAAUACUCCUCAUUCGCAAAAAUUCACUUGAGUCUAUGCCAUGAUCGUGAUCGGAUAGAAAUUCCUCUGUGGAAAAAGAUGUCUAGUCGCUCUUGUCUAUGCAAAUUGUUCUAUAAUCUAAAACUGAGAAUUUAUAUUUACAUACUACAUUUAUUAUUGUACUGACGCUGAGAUGGUGUGCUGCUCCAGAGAGUUUUUUAAAUUUCUAUGUAUUGACCGUUGCUGCGCUGGCUAUUUCUAUUAACUACUAAAAAUACGACUACUACUACUCUACUACAAUUAUUAAGGUGAAACUUUACCUGCCUCUCACACAAUAUAUAUUUAAACAUUAGCAAAAACAACCACCUUAAUUGUGUGUACUGACUUGAUUAACGUUAUUGAGUCGUCUCUAUCUAUUAGCUGAUCAAUUGAAAUAGUCCAUUUCCAAUACACUUAUUACAAUUUACAAUUUCAAUUAGUUUUCUACUAUACCAAUCAAUCAACCGACUUGUCGUGUCUGUUCAGUGAAUAAGUACGUGAAUGAAUUUACUUAAUUGUAUUUCCUUUUAAAAAAAUCCACAGACAUCAAUUUUUCUAUACAUAAUAACUGUCAAUAUCAAAAGUAUCCAAUCCAGAGAGAGAGAUGAGCGAUGUAUGUAUUUUUGUCUUUGCCAAGUAAUUUUAAUCGCUGUCGACAAAUCUUCUAAUAGAAAACAAAACAAUUCAAAUCAGUCUUCUUUCCUGAUCGCAGAGAGAGCUGAGAUUUAUAAUUAAUUAUUCCUGAUCGAAGAGGAGGAGGAGUUGGAUUAUUUGGGAGAAAAUGGUGGUGAGAGGAGCAUUUAUUAUUAUUAUAUUAAUUUCAACAAGGAAAUAAUGACGAUGAGACGCCGAGUUAUAUAUAAAUAGACACACAUAUAUACCGAAAUAGGAUUGGGAGGCUGAUUAAGUAGUAAAAAAAUAUGGUGAAAAACCUCCUGUGGUAGGAUUUAAUAAUAACUAAUGAUGCAGACGACAAGAUAAAUUGGUGCUACAAUAUAAAAAACCAUGUUGAUAAGUUACUUAGUCUUUUUAUCUUGCAUAUUAUUAUUAUUAUUAUGAUUACUACCCAUUCACUCAACUUAUCAGAUAUACUAUAUGCAUAAAUAUACUAGUAAAAAUACUUUCGCCACUACUAUUAAUCAAACCAAACCAACUGACUAAAAAAUCAAAAGGAAAAAAACACAUAUAAAAAUUGUUGUGAAGAAAUUAUAAGUUUUUCAUCCAUCACUAGACUUUUAUCGUUAGAGAGAACUGAAAUAAUAAUAAUAUUACGCCUGCGUGAUUAACAAAGAAAUUUUUAUUUUCAAAAUACAGACAUUAUUACAAAAGUAAGUGAGGAGAAAGCUGAAAGUAUGAUGCAGAUGUACAUAAGUAAUGGAUGUAAAUUGGGAUGGUUUUUAGCAGGUUUAUUACAACAGAAAUGUGUCUGAGUGCGUAUUAAUAUGCAGAACAAGAUAUUUCAAUCUUUUCAAAGUUUUUUUAAUUUGCAAGCAUCAAAUUAUCACUAUUUUUUGAUCGCUUAUUGAAAAUUUCUUGAAAAAAGGUGAGAUUUUGUUUUGUGAAUCGUAUCGUAGAGCACACAUUUAUUGUCAUCACACACUGAUCCUGAGUUUGAGAAAGGUGAAAAAAUGCUAUGUUGAGAAAUUGUUAAAGUUCAACUACUUUUUAAAACUCCAAUUACAAAACCAAAUCCAUAUUUACUUACGUUACAGUAAAAAAAAAUCUACUUGUUACUAGGUUUAAGACAGAUUCCCUAUAAUUUUUGUAGUUUUUUAAGCAUUUGUAGAACUUCAAAUUUAUAUAUAUGUAUACGUAGCUAUUAUUCUGUAUUCACAAUUCGUAAUAUUUGCAUACUAUUUACUACAUAUUUAAAAAAAUAUUUAAUAUACCCAUUUAUAAUUAAUGUGUAACAUUUUAUAUCGUUAAGCUCUAUUUAGCUUACACAAAUUCUAUUUAAUAAGAAGUAAGAAGAACCUCAGACAACAAAUUCACAUUAAAUAUCUCGCUAUUACAACAGAGUACAUACAUAAUUUACUUGUUUUUUCUUACCUAUUUUAAAUACUUAGCAAUUAAUUCACUAAUACAUGAUGCGUUAAAUAUUAUUGUAAAAAUGUUGUUUGUACUUUGUCUAUCUCGCGUUCGAUUAGAAUGGAAACCAAAAUGAGUGAGUAGUAAGAUUUUUGCGUACAUAUAUUUCCGUCGGAUAUUUGAUUGAUUUUAAUUUAGAAAGGUAGUGCCUCACAAUUCUUGGAAAAUCAGACUUGAAUUUAUUAUUGAUUUCACUAAUUUGAAUCUAAAUUAUCAAAAUUUAGCAAAAAUUUGGUAGCCAUUUUGGUAGAGAUUUAUAGUGAGAUUUUAGUUAUACGCAUGACGUUGAUCGUUUUGUGACUUUAUUUAAAAAUAAUACCGAACCACCAUCAAUUAAUGUUUUUAUUUUUGUUAGCAAACCCCGAAUUUUUAUUACGAACGACUUUUCUGCUUAGUUUUCACCAAUAUAUGACACAUGUAAUAAUAAACAUUAUGCAAUUAUUGGAUAAGGAUUCGUCAAACUAAUAUUGGUGCUGAUAAGUAAAUAUUAUGAAGGAGUAGAAGUAGUCCUAAAUACAAAGUAUAGAGAGGAAACCUUCAAUUGAAUUGAUAUAAAUCGGCCAUGAUUUUAAUAAUGAUGAAACACAAUGGGAAAUGAAAUUCGUACUUGGAAAAAAAAGUCCAAAAAAUUCUGAAAAUACGCAAAUUUGGAGUUAAUACUUUUGUAGAAUAAGAAAAGCGAAGCGUGAUCAUAAAAAAUAACUCUACGAUGACAGAGUCUUCUGCAUGUUGUAAUAGUUUUCAAUCAAAUGUAGUCAAUAAAGUAGUAGCGUUUGGACGUUGUACAACUUUUAAAAUUUUUAAAACCUCAGUAGAUCUAACAUUUUGCAUUGUCAUUAAACUUAAAAAAAACAUUUACCCAUACAUAAAUAAUACGAAAUAUCUAAUAAUGCCGUCGUCAUCGUCGUCGUCGUUUAAUUAAUUAGAGUAUUUAUCUAUCAUCGUCAUCAAAAAAAUCGUCUCAUCGUCAUCGUCACUCAUCGUCUCGUUUAUUAGCUCUAUACAAUCGUCGUAUAUAUCUAAUCGAGAGCCGUUCUUAUUGUUGUUUACUUUUUGUAUUAAACCCAUUACUUACAAAAAACACUAUUUACUCUGAAAACUAUACAUUUUUGUGCAUGCAUGAAUGUACAUGUGUAUGUAGAAUAAGCAAAAAAUCCCUGUUUCUUCCCAACCACGAGAAUGAAAAUUAUAUAAAUAGUACUAUAAAAACAACAAUAUGGCGAGGUCAUCCUGUUCACCCGAUAGAAAUCAUCGAGUCAAAAUUAGAUUUCUAAAAAUGCUAAAAUAAAAACAUUGUUCUAAAUCAACUAUAAAAUUUUAGCUGGAAAUUGUAUGUAGCAAAAGAAGAGGAGGACGGAUAUUAAAAGCAGUGUAACAGGGUCAAGGAGUAUGUAGGAUUUUGUUGAUUUUUCCAAGAAUCAACACAGAUUUCCGGAAAUAAUUUAUUGGAUCAAAAGGAUGGAUUUAUGGGACGGAAAUGAAAGGGAAGGUGAAGGUGGAGAGGGGAAGCAGAAUAAAAGGUGAUGACAUAGUACCUGUUCACAGAGAGAACUCUACCUAAUAGUACUACUACUACUACUACGAGUAUAAAAACAAGUAUGUUAGUUAUGUAUUUCAUUACCAAAAAAUGACUAAAUCUAAAUAACGUACAAUGUAAAGCAUUUUCCGUUUUCUAUUAUUAUACUUAUCUUGAUAAGAUACGAUACCCACCAUGCAGCGAGUCAAACUAUGUACGUUGGUUCUCAUCAAUAGAAAAUCCAACAAAUAUGUACUUAGAUUCACUCAAAAGAUAUACCAAAGACAGAAAGAAAUUCCGAUUCCAUCUUUUGCAAAUGCGAGAUCUAAUAACAAAUAAAUGAUGUGUGAAUCAUGAAAUGGGUGCGUUGCGUAGAUGUAUUACACGUUGAAGAAAUGAUCAUUAACUUUAUGGUGCUCUAUAUGAUAAUAUAGAAUCUAUAUUAUAUUAUUGUGUUGUAUAAGCUUGAUAUAAGAUGAAAGGUCUUAAAUGAUACUUCGUGUUGUUUGCUAGUGAAUAAAUAGUUUAUGCAUUGCAAAAUCAAAAA